AUGGCUGAGAGGCCGGGGAGCACCGGGGGACUAACGCAGCCCGCCUGGUCCUUGCCCGGUCCCCGCGGCCGCUCCCAAAGCGACAUCUCCUCCUUCUCCUCCUCCCGGAGAACCUGCCUUCUCCGGUCCAACGUGGGAGGCUCAGUUGAUGGUUUGGAUAAGGCUUCGAUCGCUAACUCGGAUGGACCAGCCCCAGGAUCCCAAACUCCCCCCUUCAAGAGGAAGGGCAAACUCUCCACCAUUGGCAAAAUAUUUAAACCUUGGAAAUGGCGGAAGAAGAAGACUAGUGACAAAUUCAGAGAAACGUCAGCAGUGUUGGAAAGGAAGAUUUCGACAAGACAAAGCAGAGAGGAGCUGAUAAGAAGGGGAGUGCUGAAGGAAAUGCCCGAGCAAGAUGGUGAUGUAACAGUAAAUUUUGAAACUUCAAAUGGACACACCAUAGCCAUUGGUGAAGAAACCAUACAGGAAGAAAAUGUGGUAAAAGCCAGUGGAGAUAACGGUACUUUAUCAGAGAAAGUAUCAGCAUUGGAAGGAAAAAAAGAAGAUCAAAAAGAGAGCACUACUGAUCACUGCCCAGAAAUACCGGCACCCCAUGCUCCACCACUACCCAAGCCUAAGCCUAAAUCUAAAAAAGCUCCACUACCACCAAAAAAUGCUAUUGCUGCUUCCACCACCACCAGCCAUAAGAGUAACGAAGCACCUCAUGCUAAAAAAAAGGGAAAGGCUCCUGCUAAGCAGCCUCCUCUCCCACCGCCCAAGCCAACAAGUCACAGUGCAAAUCGAGAAGCUGCUAGUUCCUCUCAUGCAAAAAAACCACCAGUCUCCAAGUCCUCUUCUUCACCAUCUCCUUCGUCCACAUCAUCUCAUCCCAAAGGCUCUAAGGAGACCUCCAGCAAAUCAGGCACAUCAGGGACUCCCAGGGGCAAGAAAAAACCCGGGAAACAGUCAGCCCCACGAACAGCGCCAGAUGGGGCUGCUGCUUCCCCCUCAGGUGCCACAGCCAACAGGUUGGAAGCAAAGGCAGAAAAACCCGAGCCUGAGCAGCCUUCCAUAGUGAUUUCUGAAACGGAGGACGCAGACCAGCCGAACAAGCUCAUUGUCCCCCCUCCUCCCACCGCUGCCCCCCCGCCACCUCCACUUCCACCUCCCUUUCCUGCUGCAGCUGGUCAGCCCGCUGUCUCCUCCGAUGCCCAAGAUGUGUCAGACGACUGCGUGGCAGGGCCGGCUGGCCCCGGAUCAGAUACUAAACCUCUUCUUCAGACUGAGCAUAGCAUGGACGAGAGCCUGAGCAGUACGGCCCUAGGCAGUGGUCCAGAUGCUAGCAGAGAAGACACAAAAAGCUUGGCUACCAAAGAAGACCAAGAAGUGGAGGCACCUGACCAGGCACGCUCUGAACUGGUGGAGGAGGCUUCUGACGCUGCUGCCCCUCCUGAGAGUGAAAGUGGCAGAGAGAGCCACAGCAGCGACUCGGACUCCGAUGGGCCAAUACUGUACACGGAUGAUGAUGACGACGACGAUGAUGAUGAUAAUGCAAGUGCUGAAAGCUCUUUGGCAAGUAAAAUUCGUCGUAGGGAUACUCUUGCUAUCAAACUUGGCAACAGACCAUCUAAGAAAGAAUUAGAAGACAAAAACAUCUUGCAGCGUACAUCUGAAGAGGAGAGGCAGGAAAUCAGACACCAGAUUGGAACGAAGCUAGUGAGGAGACUUAGCCAGAGGCCUACAACUGAAGAACUAGAGCAGAGAAAUAUCCUAAAGCAGAAGAAUGAAGAAGAGGAACAGGAAGCCAAAAGAGAAAUAAAACGUAGACUCAGUAGAAAGCUCAGCCUGAGGCCUACAGUGGCUGAACUUCAAGCAAGAAGAAUCCUUCGAUUUAACGAGUACGUGGAGGUCACAGAUUCUCCAGAUUACGACCGUCGUGCUGACAAGCCUUGGGCCAGGUUAACUCCCGCAGACAAGGCAGCAAUACGGAAAGAACUGAAUGAAUUUAAAAGCACAGAAAUGGAAGUACAUGAGGAGAGUCGACAAUUUACCAGGUUUCAUCGUCCGUAACUGUUGGACCACAUCCCAUAUUUCAUGUAACAGUUUUCUUGGGGAAAUCAUUGCGUCCUGAAGACCUGAGAUUGCACUGGAACUGGACUGAGUAUGAGUGUGUGCUACAGCUUACCAUGAGGCUAAU